AUGGUGGAUGUGGAUGUAGUUAAAGAACAAGUUCCACAAAAUCUUGAACCUACCAAGUGUGAUGGUUGGGAUUGGUACGAGUGGGAUCAUUUGUCACACCCUCUGUUUGGGCCUCUUGAGAAAAUGACAAACCUUUACACCAAUGACGACACAAUUCUAUGUCGUGUCUUCCCUAUAUCCCUCGAGGGAGCAACAUUGACAUGGUAUGGUGGACUCCCACCAAGAUCCAUAGAUAGCUUCGACACCCUCAUCGAACGAUUCAGUGUGCAGUACGCCACCAGUAGGUCUCAUUGCAUGACCUUGGCUGCCUUGGCCAAUCUACGACAAGCAGACGAUGAAUCCCUCAGAAAGUUCAUUGGCAAAUUUGGGCGCACAGUCGUCCAGAUCCGAAAUCUCAACCCUGAGAUAAAGUUGCAUUCCAUGCUUCUCGCACUACACCCUAGCAAGUUCGUAGAUAGUUUGUGCAAAAAACUACCUGGUAGCAUGGAUGAGCCGCACGAACGAGCCAAGGGUUACAUCCAGAUAGAAGAAAUGUCCAAAUUCUGGAAUGAAGUCUACCAAGUCAAACAAAAGUGUGAAAGGUGCAAAGCAAACACCAAGACCUACUUGCACAAGUCAGACAAGAGGCACAAGCUAGACAAGUGCCAACCUCUCUCCAAAAGGCCCGGGUCAGACGCAACCAAGUACUGCAAGUUUCACCGCAGUAUUGAACACAACACCAAAGAUUGUUGGGCCUUGAACGGCAAGAUCGAAGAACUUAUACAGGCUGGAUACUUAGCCCAGUUUGUUAAGAGACCAGACCACUACCAGGCAGGAGCAAGGCCUAAAGGACAUCAAGAGGAGCAACACAAGAACCAAGAAGUAGACAGGAGAAGAGUGGAAGACCGAGGUAGACAGAGACAACAACCACAGCGGCACGAGCGACCACCUUCACCAGAAUAG